CUUUUUUCUUCGCGCACUUCACAGUUGAUUCUCUCUCGAUUCACUCUCUCAAUUCACUUUUACCACCGGACCCAUUCUUAGUAGUGAAAGGAAGGAAAAGAUGCCACUCAGCGACCACGCGCCUAGGCUAGAAUAUUUGAAGCGCUCAGCGAGCUUUUUAGAGGCCGCAAGCCCUUCGACCGCGGCCCAUCUGAUGUCAAUUCACAAUACCAUCAUCCGCAAUGAGUUCAAGCCCUUAAAUCAGCGUCAACAAGAUUUCGCUUGUGGAGCAUGUGGAUGUAUUCGAAAUCCCACCUCGACGAGGACUGUUCAGGUCUCCAGAAGGAAGAAAAAGCUUGCAGGCUCGACUGGCGAGGGGGCUACAGUUCUGAUAUGUCUGCGCUGCCGUCGACGCACCGUCAAGCCAUCCAAGAAGGAGUCUGUUCGGUCCACAACUCCAUCCACACCGGCCACUACGGUGCUGAACCCAAGCCCAACUCAAUCAUCAAUUUCUACGAUGUCUUUUUCCGGACAGUCAGCUCCUGCACCUGCGGAUCAGAACAAGGGCGCCAAAUCCGCCGAAAACGCCAGUAGCAAGAAGAGAGCAAAGGCUCGGAAGCAAGGUGGUCUGCAGGCCCUCAUGGCAUCCAAACAACAGUCUCGCCCGGCCUCGUCGUCUCUUGACCUCUUUGAUUUCUUGCAGCAGUAAAGAUCAUGUGACCCCAUAACUGGAUCACGUGACUGUUUCGGAGAAUCGGCAGGUCAUUCCGGACCAGCGCGGGGUUCCCUCGGCUUGUUCUGUUGCUUGCUAUUCAGUAGGUUAUCGGUAGGAGCUCCCAAACACAUCCGAUUGCUAU